AUGUUUUGCUUACGAAUCGUCUCUAACAACCGUAUCAUCAGAAUUCCAAGAUUGAAGUACGUUCCAGCUCUUUCUUCCACUUGUGUCCAAGAAGUCGACGCUUUGUCUUCUGAUUGGCUGCCGUCCAUCCACAGCAUGUUACAGCCUAUUCGAAAUCUUGCAAUGAUAAAGUCUCAGAUACCUCGCCUACCAGAGCUAUUCAAAGCCGAUAGAACUUUUCGCGGCCUUUUUUUGAGUGGAGCAAUCCAGCAGUUUCUCGAAGAAGCAGCAUGGACCUUGGUUUUCUUGAACAGCAGAGAAGGCUUGGAUGCUUUUGAAUUGAGAGAAAAGUUUAUACACGAGCUCGAUGCCUUUGCAAUAUUGAGCACAUUUAUGCAGUGCAUUAUUCGUGCUACAGUUAAUUUGGCUUUUGAGAAAAUAGUUCUUGGACAUUUUGUGUCUUUGAGUUGGCAGAAUCUAGGGAGAGAGAAAUGGCUCAUACUAUUUCUACAACCAUUGAAAGAAGCUGCUCAAGCCUCGGAAUCAACCAAUCUCUUUCGAGAAAGCCACCAGAUCUCGGACGCAAGAAAUACUAUAUAUAUGUGGCUUAAACUUUAUGUAUAUUUUGCAGAAACAACACAUGAAUUCAAUGCAAAAGAAGCUGAUUGGGGUUUUACAUCUUUUGUUCCUCUUAGCAAAAUAAGAGAUCCUAAAGAAAAUUAUCUUGUGGACGAUACUCUUAUAAUAGAAGCUGAAGUUACUGUCAGCAAUAUUAUGCAUCCUUCAGUAUCAGUCGAGCCAAAAAAACCUAAACAACAAAGCAUCCAGGCACCACCUCCUCCUCCACCACCUCCUCCAGUGAUCGCUAAGGAAAAGGAACUUCCAAAGGAUCCUUCCGUCGAGCCUAAAGAUUCCUCCCAAGAUGUGCAAACUAAAUCUAAGAAUAUCCUAACAGAGCUUUCAAGCAGAACUACAACCCAAAGCUCAUCUUCAACAGAUGAUAUUUCAGUUUCACCUCAGCCUGAUAAUUUGCAGCAACAAAAUGAAGCAUUGGCAGGAUUCUUUAACAUGUCAUUAGAGGCUAUCCAACAGGCCAACGUCUUUGGCAAUAUUGAAGAAAUAAUCCGUACACUUAUUCCAAAUACAAACGAUUUGCAAAAGAAAACAGUUCUUGAAGAUCUUGCCUCUCGAUUAAAAGAGUUUCAAGAAAUAAUCCCUACUGCUAAAGCCACUGUAGAAGCAGCUGAGAAUCGUAAGGAUCUUUGCCUCCUCGAUUAA